UCAGGAAGUGCUCACUCCCUCCUCCCUUUUGUUGUUUCACAUCCAGCUUCUGCUUUUUUCAUUUUCUGUUUACCCCUCCCAGAGUGUAAAGCCCCAGUGAUUUGCCCUUCAUUACAAGGGGCUCGCUGGGGCAAGGGAUCCGCUGGCACUGUGUGGUACAUUCAGCCCUCUCUAGACCCUCAGGGGGUCAUUUCUCUGUUCUUGUUGUCGUCUGCCAGGAGCUGUUUUACUGAGCUUCUUCUGUCUGUUAUACACAGGACGGUGACUCUGGUGCAGGGCUCAUUAUAACAAUGCGGUCUCUUGGUCACACAGCGACCCUGGUUUUCUAAGGUCUUGCUGUGUAAUAACAAGGCCAUGAACCCUCACCCUAGACGUAUCCGACUUAAGCCAUGGUUGGUGGCACAGGUGAACAGUGGACAAUAUCCAGGACUGCAAUGGGAAGAUCAAGAUCACAAGCUGUUUCGUAUCCCCUGGCGCCAUGCUACACGCCAUAUACCCAUUCAAGAUGACGAGAACACUAUAUUUAAGGCCUGGGCAAAAGAAACAGGAAAGUACCAGGAGGGGGUGGAUGAGCCUGACCCUGCCAAGUGGAAAGCGAAUCUGCGUUGUGCUCUGAACAAGAGCCGAGAAUUUAAUCUGCUGUAUGAUGGCACCAAGGAAACCCCAAUGCAGCCGUUCAAAAUCUACCAGCUCUGUGACCUUCAAGGCCAAAGUGAAGAACAUCUCACAGAUGACUACAAUAUCAAUGAUGAAGAUGAAGAGAUUCACAAUCAGUUCCCAACACUUCAGAUCAGUGUGGAACUGUCCCCCCAGGGAUUGGUGUCACAAGCUGGAGUGAUUCCUUUACCGGAGAUGGUACCUGCUGCAAGGGGUCUGGAAACAUCUACAGAAGCAGAGUUGCCCAUACAGGGGGUGCUCCCAGCGCCCAUUGAACAGGGGAUCCCUGACCUGCUAAUCAGCCCCCAGAUGCUGCCGUUAACUGACCUAGAGAUAAAGUUCCUGUACCGGGGGAAACAGACCGGUUCAACCAUAGUAAGUAACCCCCAGGGAUGCCGUCUCUUCUACAGUAACAUAGAACCUAUCCCAGAGCAGGUGGAAUUGUUUGGUCCUACUACAUUAGAGCAAGUUCGCUUUCCUGGAACUGACAGCAUUGGUAACGAGAAGCAGAAGUUCUACACCAAUCACUUGCUGGAUGUGAUGGACCGAGGACUCAUCCUCACCCUGCAGGGCCAGGACAUCUAUGCUAUCCGUUUGUGCCAAUGCAAGGUCUUCUGGUCCGGACCCUGUGCUGGAAACAUUGCUGGACCUAACCCCAUAGAGAGAGAGAAGAGGGUCAAAAUCUUCAGCCUGGAGACCUUCCUGAAUGACCUCAUUGCCUGUCAGAAGGGCCAGACCAAUGUGCUGCCACCAUAUGAAAUCUUCUUUUGUUUUGGAGAGGAAUGGCCAGAUCGAAAGCCUAAGGAGAAAAAACUGAUUACUGUGCAGGUGAUCCCUGUAGCUGCUCGACUUCUCUCAGAAAUCUUCACCGGGGAGUCAUCCUGGUCAGCUGAUAGCAUUAAGCUCCAGAUCUCCCACCCAGACCUUAAAGAUAAAAUGGUAGAGAAAUUUAAGGAGCUUCACCAGCUUUGGCAACACCAACAUGCCCAGAUGGUAGCGCCAGAGACUGGAGGACCCACUCAACAAGAAGAUAUAGGCCCUGGUCCAUGGCCCAUGCACACAGGAAACAUGCAGUAACUUCUCAGGAUCUGACUGUUACAACUUUUGUUCAUAUUUAGUCAUCUGAAGGUGGACAGCCCUAAUGUCACACGUGCAAAUGGCUGAACCCCUGGAAAAUGCUGUUACCCAACAUGGUUCUGUUUUUAAUUAUCCACAUGCCCUGGACUUCAGAUUCACAUAAGGAACGCACCCUUAUGUAGGAAUACUACAGUGGGAGCUUUGAUUCUUUCUAUACCUGAAGAGACAACCAGCUCUAUCUGGGACCUUUAAAAAAGAAGAGUCAUAGAAAGAUGCCUUGGAUGUGACGUUGACAAAUAAGCUCUAUUUUUAGUACUGCAAUGUCCACAAACAAUUGGAGACAGAUCCCCCAUAUAUCAGACAUUUCCUCUGUAGUUGAGAUGGGCUCUGUACCUUAUAUUAAACAAAAUAACCCACAAACCGUACAUUCUAGCCAUUAGCUUGUGCUGUGCCAAAACUCACCAGCAAUGUGUAAUUCAGGACAGAAUAACACAAGCGCUGUUUGCACACUUUGUUUUCUUUUUAGCCAUACAACUUCUCCUUCUUGUAUAGUGUCGUUCUUCAAAGUUCUCACAUUUAUAUUAACCCAGUGAAUGACAACCUGACAAACAUUCUUCAGUUUGGCAUACAUCCAAAAAGAGAAAUAUAAGCUUUGAGUAUUAUAUCGCUUCAUUAUGUGGCCUUUUUAGAGCAAUUUAUGUUUAAGGAAAAUUAAAAUGUCAUCCUGCUUUACGGCUAAA